CAUGGCGUCCUCUCUCCUCCCAAACCCGACCACCUUCCUCAAACCCGCCCGCUUUCUGCAUUCCCCACCCGCCUCCACCGCCGCCCGCGUUUCCAUACGCUGCGGCCCACGCGACAAGCGUGGACCCUUGGUCAAAGGCCGCGUCCUCAGCAUCGAGGCCAUCCAAGCCGUCCAAGCCCUCAAACGCGCCCAAAGAUCCGACCCGAAUGACCCCUCCCUCGUCUCCAAAACCCUCUCCCGCCUAAUCAAGUCCGACCUCGUCGCCGCCCUCAAGGAGCUUCUACGGCAGGACCAGUGCCACCUCGCCCUGCAAGCCUUCUCCGCCCUCCGAUCAGAAUACCAGCCCGACGUCGCCGUCUACGCCGAGGUGGCUCUGGCGCUGGCCCGAAAUGAAUUGGGGGAGGAGAUCGACGCGCUGGUUUGUGAGCUGGAGAAGGAGAGCGGGGGUCUCCAGUGGGGCAGUGAUAAGGGGCUGAUUAGGUUGAUCAAGGCCGUCGUUGGCGCCGACCGGAGGGAAUCGACGGUGAGGAUUUACGAGAUGUUGAAGAGGAAUGGGUGGGGGAGUAGUGGUUUUGAAGCAGAUGAGUACAUGGUUAGGGUGUUGAGCAAGGGAUUGAGGAAGCUUGGUGAAGCUGAGCUUGCUGAUGAGGUUGAUCUCAAAUUUGGUCCACAACUAUUAGUUCAAUCUUGAUCCUUUUCUGAUGUAUUAGUUUCCAUUUUAUAUAAGAGAAUUGGUUUACGCAUAUUUUCCUGUAUCUAUUAGGAAAACUCCGAUCAAUGUGUUCGUGGCCGGUGAAAAGAAAUCAUCUCAUACAAGAAUGAAGCUCUUUCUACUCAAUAGAUGAAUGAAUUAUUCUACAAAGCAUAUAUGAUUGAUGAAUUUUUUUUCAAUGUUACUUUCCCCCUAGGUGGUGCUUGUAGAGAUUAUAGGGAAAGAAAGUAAAUGUCACUUUAUUUUGUACUCUUUUUUGCUACUUCUAUAAAAUGCUUGCUUCUCCCUCU